AUGGCCUUUGUUGGUUUUUACGUUGUUGGUGUUUUUAUGGUAGUUUUUAUUAUAUUGGCAAUAAUUAUGGCUCUAUGCCGUAUGGGAAUUAUUCAAGGACCAUGCACACCUGUUUGGAAUCGGAAAAAGAGUUCGAGUUCAUCGUCAUCUUCUUCAAAGAAAAAGAAGAAUGGUCCAAUCGUUUAUUCAAGCUAUCCUCAGGGUGGCUAUCCUCAGCAAGGAUACCCACAGCAACCAUAUCCACAACAAUCAUACCCACAGCAAGGUUAUCCACCACAAGGUUACCCACCACAAGGAGGUGUUCCACCACCACCACCACAAGGCUACGCAGGUCCUCCUCCACAAAAUUAUUCCGCUCCUCCUUCACCACCACCUCCUCCACAAGGAUAUGCUCCACCACCACAGUAA